UCAUUUUCCUUGAGAUAGUUGAUUCAUCUCUCUUGCUCUCUUUUCUAAUUGAUUAAUCUUUUCUUUUUAUUUACUUUUAUUAAUCAUUAAUCAUCAUGGAAUCAGUUUCAACAAUCGGAUCGAAUCGUCAUCCAGAAAGUUGCUUUAAUUUGAUUGAUUUCUGUCCUGAUUACCGACGACGACCAACAGCCUGGUUUUUAACUCCCAAAUAUCAGACCCUUAGUGAUUUAUUCGAGAAGAUUAAUUCAUGGUUAUCAUCUCAUCCUGAAUGGAUCGCUGUCUCUUGUGAAUCAAUCAUUUACGAUCCCGAUUCUGGCUUUGGAAAUGGUAAAUCAGUUUCGGUUGGAUGUUUGUCAAGAAAAGGAAUCAAAGGAAUCAGACUCUGGUUAACUCCUAAUAAGGGUAAUCAACCUUUCCAAAAAUUGGGCUGUGUCAAUAUCGUUCCUAAAUUAAAUGGUAACAAUAUAAUUACCAAUGGUUCCAAUGGUCGGAAUAGCUGGACACCUAAUGGACAUGAGACCAUGGAGGAAAUGGUCAACCGGGUCAACAAUACACUCUCAAAGAAACCAAUUGAAGGGAAAAUUAUCUCCAUUGAAACUGUUCCAAUUUCGGUUACCGGUAAAUGGGAAAUUGACACCGAAUCGAGUGAAUAUAAUCGAGACUCAUCUUCUUAUGCUCAAACCCUCAGGAUUUAUUACGAAUAUGGGGAACCCUGUAAGGAGGAAAUUGGAUUAAAAGAUUUCAUUCCAACCUCAUCUCCAUGGGAUUCGCCGAUGGCUCCACUUGACUACGAAUCAUUUGCCAGUCUAUUCACUCGAGCAUCUCAAUGGUUUCGAGAUCAACCCAAACACUAUCGUUACCUUAAUUGUCAAUCAGUUGAAGUACCGUUAACACCCAAAGUUAAUUCUGAAAGUAAACAACAAAUUGACAGUAAUUUAAGUCUAAUUAUUCCUGGAAAAGCGGAAUUUAGCCUGAAAUUCAUUCGAUUAGCUUAUGCAGUUCCGACGAAAGGAAUUCCCGUUGAUUCAGUUUCUCAUCAGGAAAUUGUUCUUAAUUGUAAAAUCUUUGUACCAAUUCGACUUAAAUCAACUAAUCAAUACGAAAGUGUAGCUGCCACCAAGAGGAAAAUGGAGGCCUGGCUUACGAUCACAGGUGCUAAAGUUUUAUCGGCCGAAACGACGUUCCUUAAAUUAUCUUAUUCCAACAGUAGUAUUGCUGCAAAUGUCGAUUCGUGUUUGACAUUACUGACCAAUCGUCCGAACGACAGUCAUCAUAUUGUCACUUAUAGAGUUUAUCUGGAUGGACAUUACGUCGAACCACCGACUCGAUUAUUACCUUCGUUCGAGAACGAAUCACCAACCGAAGAAUCAACUUGUUCAAUAAGUUAAUCAACCGAUUGAUUAACUGGUUACAUUUAAAAGCUUUUACUCAAAAAAGUUCAUUAACUUUUCUGCCAAACAAAAUUAAUAAAAAUCGAUUUUUUUCACAAUCAAA